AUGGAUUCCCUUGCAACUAAGAUAGUAGUGUGUGAGUGUGGCCAAGAGGCUACCAAGGAGGUGACGACUUUAAAGGCCAAUGUUGCUACGCUGAGGAGUGAUGUGGAUCAGCUGAAAUCCACCAACAUGUCCAUGAUUUUCAGGAUGGUGGAGAUUCCUGAUGUUCCAGAAAUGCCUCCGGCUACCACCAGAGAUGAGAUUAGAGUUGAAGAGACAUAUGAUCCUAAGUCCGAGGUUGAUACGUAUGAUAAGAUGCUUGGGGUUGUUGAGGAGGCUUCGUAUGAAGGCCUUACUGAGACUGAGGUCCCGAGCACUACACCGGGCAUUGAUGCUCAGACAGAUGGAGCGACUGAGUAG